CUGUCUGUCCGCCUGUCUGUCUGUCCGAGCUGCUCUGACCAGCCGCCGGCUAACCUCUCCACAGAGAUCGUUAACGUCUGUCGAGAGCACCGACUCCCUUUUCUUCUCCCGGGACUGAGAAAAAGCAUCCAGAGGAAACAUGGAGGCCAUCAAGAAGAAAAUGCAGAUGCUGAAGUUGGACAAGGAGAAUGCUAUUGACCGGGCAGAGCAGGCUGAGGUGGACAAGAAGGGGGCAGAGGACAAGUGCAAACAGCUGGAGGAAGAGCUGCUGGGGCUGCAGAAGAAACUGAAGGGAGUGGAGGAUGAGCUGGACAAAUACUCGGAGUCUCUGAAGGACGCUCAGGAGAAGCUGGAGCAGGCCGAGAAGAAGGCAGCAGACGCCGAGGCAGAGGUGGCUUCUCUGAACAGGCGCAUCCAGCUGGUUGAGGAGGAGUUGGAUCGAGCCCAGGAGAGAUUGGCCACUGCAUUGCAGAAGCUAGAGGAGGCUGAAAAAGCUGCAGAUGAGAGCGAGAGAGGAAUGAAGGUCAUUGAGAACAGAGCAACAAAAGAUGAGGAGAAGAUGGAAAUCCAGGAGAUGCAGCUGAAGGAGGCGAAACACAUUGCUGAGGAGGCUGACCGCAAAUAUGAAGAGGUUGCUCGUAAACUGGUGAUCCUUGAGGGCGAUCUGGAGCGUUCAGAGGAGCGAGCUGAAGUGGCUGAGGCUCGUGUCAGGGAGCUGGAGGAGGAGCUUAGGCUAAUGGACCAGAAUUUGAAGUCCAUGAUGUCCGGAGAGGAAGAGUACUCACAAAAGGAGGACAAAUAUGAAGAAGAAAUUAAAGUUCUUACUGACAAACUUAAAGAGGCUGAGACCCGUGCAGAGUUUGCCGAGAGGUCUGUGGCCAAGCUGGAGAAGACCAUUGAUGAUUUAGAAGACGAAGUGUAUGCUCAGAAGCUGAAAGGCAAGGCCCUCAGCGAGGAGCUUGACCUGGCACUCAACGACAUGACUACUCUCUAGACGCUCCCUCUCUUCCAUGCGGCUCCUCUUCCUCCUCCUGCUUCCUCUGCUUCUUCACCUCCUGUCUUUCUGUCCCAUUCCACAGUGAUAUCCUGUCCCAGGACACUGUCGAAUUGUAAUCUAUGACUUAGUGCUGGAUUCCCUCAUGUGUCAGAAACCUGUCCUGCUCACCUGGUUCUUUUACAGAAACUAUCAUAGCGAGUCUUUGCUCCCUGGUUCAGUUGUUGAUAUCCCUGCUGAGACCUUGUCUUCUGCAUUUACAUAUUCAUGUAAAACA